AUGGUUAAAUUCAACAAACGAUCUCAAACUUACCCUCAUGGCACCUAAAGCAGCACAUGUAUAAAAAUUUUUGAAUUUAGAAUCUCGAGAUAGCAUAGAAAGUCUUAACUAGUGUGCAAUAACGAUCAAUAAAGAAGGCUUUCAUUAAGAAAAUUGUACCAUUUGCUAUAAAAAACUAUGCUCAAAAUGCUUUAAAUAAUUAGAACUUUUCUCUUCUAAAGGAACUUAGUCUUCUUAAUGUCCACAUUGUGAAGAGAUAAAGGAAUUAAAAAAUACUAUACUAUGUUUCAUAGUAAACGUUCUCUAACUUAUCAUCUUCCUUUCUCUUUCACCUCUUGUGGCAUUUGCACUUGCUCUUAAUAAAACUGAAAAGCUUAUAUAAGAAAUAGAAACAAAAAUAGAUAACAUUUUCAUCAUUUUAAUUGUUAACUUACUUUUCAGCAUACCUAUGUAUAUCGGAGUGCUUAUAAUUUUUAUAUUCAUUGCACCUUUCAAGAUUUUCCUUGGAUUUCAAGAAGCCAUGAAUCAAAGGGAUUUUCUAAUCAUGAAAAGAGUGUUCUCGUAAUAAUGA